CAGAAUGCGCACAUAAAAUCGCCUUCGCGAUGAACCAAAUGCUGAAAAACAUCCGCCGUUUCCGGACGGAGAGUGACAUAAACAGGCGAACAGCGUCUCGAGUGUGCGGUUUUAGGAGCGAAGAGGAAGAACCGGCGACCAAUCGGGAAAGAGAUCAGCGUGUCAGGUGACGUCCUUCCCGGAAGUGAUCAGGUGGCUAUGGUGAAUCAGACACUCGCAGAUCUUUAAGGUCAAGUCAAACAUGGGGAGGGUGAGAAAGAGGAACGUGGCCGCAGAUGGAGAUCUUCACUCUCAGAAAGAAGAGAAACCACCAGCGCUUGUCCGGAGGGAAAAGGAAAAGAAGAAAGGAAAGACGGAUAUUAGUAAGAUCCUCAUCAACAUUUCCAUCGGGUUGUGCAUUUUUAGCCUCAUCUGGUUCUUUUAUGCCAUGUUCAUGCGCUCAGUGUUGGCCAGGAGACCGAUCACACUCCAUCCUUCACCUCGCGUCUUGGAUGCAAACAGCACAAGCGCCGCCGUGUCUCCCGAGAGGUUCUGGGGCUCAUAUCGGUCACAGGUGUAUUUCGGCAUGAAAACGAGAAGUCCUCGGUCCGUCGUUACAGGCUUAAUGUGGAUGCGACAAUUCUCUGCCAAGGGCGUUAACCUGAGGCACACAUGCGAGCAGGGGGAUGGGUUGCGUUCCUACGGCUGGCUUGCGCACGACGGAAUCAACUUUGGCAUGCAGCAGAUCCAAGACAACGAUUUUAUUCUCUCGACGACCUUUGUGAAACGAAUGGGAGGGGAACACGGCGGAGACUGGACAUGGAGAAUCACAGGCAAGCAGCAUAGCACUGCCCCUCAAGCUUCAGUCAUCUCGCUGAUGUUCUACGUGGCUGCAGAUACUCAGGGUUCCCUGCAGGCUCAUGUUUUGGAUAGGACACACCUGAGCCACGUUACAGGCACUUCAGAGGAACUGGGAAACUUUAGAAUCACUUUUGGGAAACCCACAGGCGGAGAGGAGUCUUCCAAUAAAUAUGCCAGCUAUAAUUACUUGCAGACGCGGAGCCCUGGUCUGGACCAAUUAACGGAGAUAGUGAAGAGUAGCCUAAGUCAAAGGUUUCUAUUCAGUCCAUCCACUGCUGAGAGGAAGCCGUACAUUGCUGUGGAUACCUACACACCUCCUCCACAGCAGCAAAAUGAUAAUCGCAUCCGGAGUGACUUUGUGGUGCAUCAGGUUACUGUCCAAGUUCCCUUUCAGAUUGAGGUUUUAUUUGAAUCUGGAAGUUUCCAUGACCGACCCAACCAGCUGAAGGGCUCGGUAUUGACUGAGGAGAUUACGAGACUGAAGUCGUCUUAUAACGAAAAGUUUGAGGAGACAUUUGGACUUCAGGCCAAAGGGUUUACUCCAGCCCAGGUGAGGUUUGCCAAGGCUGCUUUAAGCAAUAUGCUUGGUGGCAUGGGCUACUUUUUUGGACAAUCGGUGGUGCAGUCAAGGUAUAACGAGCACCCCGUGCUCUACCCUGAAGGUGCCUUGUUCACCGCAGUGCCCUCACGCUCCUUCUUCCCGAGGGGUUUCCUGUGGGAUGAGGGCUUUCACCAGCUCCUGAUCAGCAAGUGGGAUCCUCAAGUGACGCGUGAGGCUGUUGCUCACUGGUUGGAUUUGAUUAAUGUGGAUGGGUGGAUCCCACGUGAGCAGAUCCUGGGUGAUGAGGCACUCAGCAAGGUUCCUGCAGAGUUUGUGGUGCAGCGCACUGAAAAUGCAAAUCCACCUACAUUCUUCCUAGUCCUGGAGGAGUUUAUGGAGCAGCUUGAGGCACGUCCAGGUGCACCACAUUUUCAGGGUACUCUAAAUUUUCUUCGAAGGCUGUAUCCCCGAUUGCAGGCAUGGUUUGGAUGGUAUAACACCACUCAAGUUGGACCCUUGCCCAACUCUUAUCGUUGGCGUGGCAGGGACAAAGACACCAACCAGUUUCUCAAUCCCAAGACCUUGACUUCUGGGCUGGAUGACUACCCACGCGCAUCACAUCCUUCAGAAGACGAAAGACAUGUGGACUUGCACUGUUGGAUGGUACUUGCAUCACGGACCAUGAUGAGCAUAUCACGAUUGCUUGGCGAACCUCAUCAAGAAUACGAGCGCACCUACCUGGCCCUCAGCGACAACAACCUUCUGAGUGAGUUGCACUGGUCUGAGCAGCAUCAAGCCUUCUGUGACUAUGGUAACCACACUCAGGCUGUGUCACUGCAGCAAGAAAAGAUUAUUGUACCACCUGGACAGAUGAGGCAGCAGUUACCAGUGAAACGCUGGGUGCGGUCACUUCGCAAAGCCCCUAAGCUUCAGUAUGUGAAUGCACUUGGCUAUGUUAGUCUUUUUCCAUUCUUGCUUCACAUCCUAACACCUGACUCUCAAAAAUUAGAAUACAUUUUAAAAGACAUUCGGGAUCCUGCUCGCUUGUGGACACCGUACGGUUUGCGCUCACUUUCCCGUUCAGAUCCGAUUUAUAUGAAGCGCAAUACAGAACAUGAUGCCCCCUACUGGCGUGGUGCUAUAUGGAUCAAUAUCAACUACCUAGCACUAAAAGCCCUACACCAUUACAGUAGUAUAGAAGGACCAUACAAGGAGAAGGCUGCUGGUCUUUAUCAAGAGCUAAGGACUAAUGUCAUCAAUAACAUUUACAAACAGUACCAGGAAACUGGAUAUAUCUGGGAACAGUACAGUGACAGCACAGGUCGGGGACAGGGUAGCCACCCUUUUACAGGCUGGUCAGCUCUGGUUGUUCUCAUUAUGGCUGAAGAGUACUGAUACCCCUGCAGGUUUUGUGUUCAUAAUAUCAAAGGGUGCUGAUAUUUAUCUUAAAAAAUGCUCUGCGCUGUUCAUGAAAUGGUUAAGUUACUAAGGAGAGAUAAAUCUCUGUAUUGACAUCAUUUUGUAAAUUAAAAUUCUGACAAAAUGUAAUAUUAAAGAAUUCUGAUAUUUCACUUUUAAAAUUGGAAUAAUGUAAUAAAUCUACCUAUGUUUUAUGGUUGUAAAUUACAAUGAAAUGGAAGGAUUUAGAAAAGCUAUGUCAAGAAAAUGGUUGUUACUUUUUUUUUUAACAAAAAAAACUUUGUUAGAAAAAGUUUGUGCAGAUUUAUGACUUUUAAUUCCAAUUAAAAAGUAGAGAAAUCUGGGCAAUAUAAUCACAAAACAUUAAGGAUGCAAAAUUGCAGAGGGAUUUUUGGUAUCUCAAACGGUUCAGCCAUGGCAAUGCUUGAAACUUAUGCCGAAAAGUGUCUAAGAACUUCCUAAAUGACGUCAUAUUGAGUGACAUUAUCGUGUGAUGUUUUUUUUAGCAUCCAGGGCUUUUGGGGGAUUUAACAUGCUC